AUGGAGACCGUCCUGCAGUGCAUGAAACCUGCGGAGAUUGAAGCCGCCGCCCAAAUCACCCCAGAGCGUUUCUUCUCAUCGCUUUGUGAGAAGACAGGUGGUGCUGCCACAAAGUGGUGCCUGGUGCAGCUCAAAUCAAAGCUGGACCUGCCUGGCAGCAUCAAGUGGGAAGACGUAGAAGAAACCCUGCAGCAUUGCAGCCUAGAAGACAUGGCGCAUCUGGCUGAAAGCGACAACGAAGAAGUCUGGCACUCACUCGCAAAGAAGGGUGGGUCCUUGGCCACGAAAUGGGGAAUAUCGCAGAUUCGAAGCAGCCUGGCGCACAAGCUGCCGGAAGGGGUUUCGUGGACGGACAUGGAGACCGUCCUGCAGUGCAUGAAUCCUGCGGAGAUUGAAGCCGCCAAAAACACACCAGAGCGCUUCUUCUCAUCGCUUUGUGAGAAGACAGGUGGUGCUGCCACAAAGUGGUGCCUGGUGCAGCUCAAAUCAAAGCUGGACCUGCCUGGCAGCAUCAAGUGGGAAGACGUAGAAGAAACCCUGCAGCAUUGCAGCCUAGAAGACAUGGCGCAUCUGGCUGAAAGCGACAACGAAGAAGUCUGGCACUCACUCGCAAAGAAGGGUGGGUCCUUGGCCACGAAAUGGGGAAUAUCGCAGAUUCGAAGCAGCCUGGCGCACAAGCUGCCAGAAGGGGUUACGUGGACGGACAUGGAGACCGUCCUGCAGUGCAUGAAACCUGCGGAGAUUGAAGCCGCUGCGGAAGACCCAGAGCGCCUCUUCAAGUCGCUUCGGCUCUAUUUUGAGUCGCUGCCUGUCCCAAAAGACAUGAAGGCCACUCCAGGCGACGUUGCUGCAGAGGAACGCCCAACAGAACCGGAAUCGAUUGUUCAGCGGGAGGCGGCAAAUGCUGGCGCUGCUAUGCCGACAGUAGAUCCCACUGAAGACGCUCUCCAACUUCCUGCUCCUUGUGAAGCCCGGUCGGCUGCACCCAUCCCCGCAGCGAAGACGGCGCUCGAAGAGAAGCUUCCGGAGUCGGCGCAACUGCGAAGCGUGGAAGGUGCUCUGCAGCACCUGACCAUCCCGGACUUGGAGGAGCUGCCGAGCACCGCGCAAACCGGCGAGCCCGCCACCUCACAGUGGACUCUCGGCCAUAUGCUGCCUGAGGGAGUGGAGUGGGUGGACCUGGAGGCCGUGUUUCAGCACGCGGAAGCCGCCAACCUGCCAGGCUCCUCCAUCGGCGAGGUCCGCAUUGCGAUCGUGGUCGACCCGGCCGAGGGCUCAGAGCGGCCGACCAGCCUUGGGCCGGGGGAUGCUGCGCGCCACGACCCAUCGUGGCAGAUAUGCCCAGGCGCAGUCCCCGAGCCGGACGAUGACGGUCCCCCUGUCCUUGAGGUUCACACCCCGAUUCCGCUUGACCAGGACUCUGUGUACGAAGGCAGCGAUGUCUGA